CAAGCGCAAGAGCACCGUACCACCACAGACUCACGAGAAAAACGAAAGGACGCUCUUGUCCUUCUUCGUCUCCUCCACCGCCACCGCCAUCAUCGACCUCCCGAGCUCGACGGGGGCCGCGGGGGCGGGCAAGGGGAAAGAGGCGAGCAUGGAGAACGGGGCGCCGGCCUGGAAGUUCCGGGCCAACGAGGGGCUCUCGGCCGCGUCGGCCAUCACCGUCCGCGGCAUCCUCUUCGAGCUGAUGGCGAAUCUCAACGCCGACGACGGCCGCACCAUGGUCCCGCUCGACGGCGACCCUUCCGCCUUCCCUUGCUUCCGCACGGCCCCCGCCGCCGAGGACGCCGUCGUCGACGCUGUCCGCUCCGGCAAGUUCAACUGCUACGGUCCGACCGUCGGUAUUCUUCCCGCCAGGAGGGCUAUUGCUGAUUAUCUCUCUUGUGAUCUCCCGUACAAAUUAUCACCAGAUGAUGUUAAUCUGACACUCGGGUGCACACAAGCAAUUGAAGCCAUAUUAACAGUUCUUGCUUGCCCUGGGGCCAAUAUAUUGCUUCCAAGACCUGGAUUCCCAUACUAUGAUGCACGUGCUAAACACAGCCAUCUUGAGAUGCGGUAUUUCGAUCUUCUUCCAGAUAAGGGUUGGGAGGUUGAUCUCAAGGGUGUUGAGGAUCUUGCAGACGAGAGUACUGUCGCCAUGGUUAUCAUCAAUCCUGGCAAUCCUUGUGGAAGUGUCUAUAGCUACCAGCAUCUAAAGAAGGUUGCCGAAACAGCAAGGAAGCUUGGGAUUAUGGUAAUUGCAGAUGAAGUCUAUGGUCAUCUAGCUUUUGGGGAUACACCAUUUGUUCCCAUGGGUGUUUUUGGAUCCAUCGCACCUGUCUUGACGUUGGGAUCAAUAUCAAAGAGGUGGAUUGUUCCAGGUUGGCGACUUGGUUGGCUUGUGACAAAUGAUCCAAAUGGUUUUCUGAAAGACACUGGGGUUCUUAAGUCCCUUAAAGGAUUUCUGGAUAUAUCCUCUGAUCCUCCAACAUUUAUCCAGGCAGCGGUCCCUCACAUUCUUGAAACAAAUGAUGAUUUUUUUUCAAAAAUCAUUUGCAUACUAAGAGAGGCUGCAGAUAUAUGUUAUGAGAAGAUUCAAGAGAUACCUUGCAUCACGUGCCCAAAAAAGCCACAAGGAGGCAUGUUUGUAAUGGUCAAGUUGAAUUUAUCAUUGUUGGAGGGCAUAAAGGAUGAUCAGGAGUUCUGCUUAAAACUGGCUAAAGAAGAAUCUGUUAUUGUUCUGCCUGGGAUAGCUGUUGGAAUGAAGAACUGGCUUCGCAUCACUUUCGCCAUCGAUAUAUCUUCUCUCGAAGAUGGCCUGGAGAGGAUUAAGGCCUUCUAUGGAAGGCAUGCCAAAAAAUAAAUGAGCCGGUCCAUGCCGGUGCCACAAAGGGCUGAGAUCAUCAACUGCUCGUUGGAUCUCGAGAUGCCUCUGUGGCCAUGUCGAAGACCAUUGCAAUGUGUGAAACAAGAUUAGUAAAUCCAUAAGAAAGCUAAUUAUCCGGGCAUUUGCCCGGAAGCAGGGGAUGGAGGAGGAAGAAAUCAACCUGACUGUUGAUUCGAUCCGAAACUUCCGUAGCAUUAGCUUUGGCUUGAAUAAAAAACUUCGAUUAAGGGCUUAUUAUUUUGCUGCUCGUGCCCGGAAGCAGGGGAUGGAGGAGGAGGAAAUCAACCUGACUGUUGAUUCGAUCUGAAACCUCCGUUGCAUUAGCUUUGGCUUGAAUAAAAAACUUCGAUUAAGGGCUUCUUAUUUUGCUGCUCGGCAAAAUGCCAAGAAGCAGUGUCAUUAGGUGAUCAACAACUCCCUGUUGUCGGUCUCAUGUUGUCCUGUGCUUGUACUUUAAUCGUCUCUUUAGAAAUAAAGAUGUUAUGGCAUCAGAUA